UACCGUUGAGUCCAUGAAAGCAUAUCCUCCGAGUCCGCCGUGUGAACUCUCGUUUCGUUACUCCAAAGACUUCCGCCUCUCCCAAUUUUCUCUCCCACCUCCAUUCCGGGAAAAUUUCAGCGAUCCACUCAGAAUAUAUUCGCGAUUUUUUCUCUCCCGCCAAACAAAUCCCACUAUGGAGCAUCGUGAUUUCUCCAAGAGAGUCAUUCUGGGACUGACUCUGUUACAUUUCGUCUUUCUCUUUGAUUCUUCGUCGGCUCUUAAGGAGGGACGGACGUGUAUUGUGAACAGAAACUGCGACGCCGGCCUGCAUUGCGAGACCUGCUUCGCCGACGGCAAUGUGCGCCCGCGCUGUACUCGGAUCCAGCCAAUUAGUCCGAUUUCAGAAGUUAAGGAUCUGCCGUUUAAUCAGUACGCGUGGUUGACGACACACAAUUCCUUCGCGAAGUUAGGAGCGAAAUCGGCUACUGGCUCUGUGAUUCUUGCUCCUACGAAUCAGCAAGACUCCAUUACCAGCCAGCUUAAUAAUGGCGUCAGAGGAUUGAUGCUUGAUAUGUAUGACUUUGAAAACGAUAUUUGGUUAUGUCACUCUUUCGGAGGCCAAUGCUACAACUAUACAGCUUUUCAACCUGCCAUUAAUGUUCUCAAAGAGAUCCAAGCAUUUCUCGAAGCAAACCCGUCUGAAAUCGUCACUGUUAUAAUUGAAGACUAUGUCACAUCACCAAAGGGCCUAACUAAUGUGUUUGUUGCUGCUGGUCUGGCAAAAUUCUUGUUCCCGGUGUGGAGAAUGCCGAAGAAUGGUGGAAACUGGCCCACAGUUAGUGAUAUGAUCCAGAAAAACCAACGGUUGCUUGUUUUUACUUCGAAAGCGUGGAAAGAAGCCUCUGAAGGAAUUGCAUAUGUAUGGAGAUACGUGGUAGAAAACCAAUGUAAGUCAUCUCAUAAUCCAGCAGACCAAACUGAACUUCGAAAAUCCAAUAGCUUUUCUUAUCGAUUUGGUCGUUCUGCAGACGGGGAUGAAGGAAUGAGAGCAGGUUCAUGCCCAAACCGAGGAGAAUCGCCUCCGAUGAACACUACAUCAAGGUCUCUAGUGCUUAUAAAUUUCUUCAGAAGCGCUGCAAAUUUCCCUGAAGCUUGCAAGGAUAACUCAGCUCCACUACGCAACAUGGUGAACACUUGCUAUAAUGCAGCAGGAAAAAGAUGGCCCAACUUCAUUGCUGUUGACUUCUACAAGAGGAGCGACGGGGGAGGAGCUGCAGAAGCCGUUGAUAUAACAAACGGUCACUCCAUUUGUGGAUGUCCAAACAUUUCCAAUUGCAAGAAAAAUAUGAGAUUUGGGGCCUGUGAGUUACCUCUACCUGAGGUGAGCGAUGCAGCAGCAAUACCCACAGAAGCAGCAGCAAUACCCACAGAAGCAGCAGCAAUCCAAAGCAGCUCUGCUGAAUCAAAUGGCAUAUCAGGUCAGUUAUGUGGUUUGAUUGACACAAUAUUUGCAGCAGUCAUUCUACUCUUUCUCAAGGAAUUUCAUGUAUAGCAUCUGUUGGAUAGUUUCUCAAUGUCUUUUUUAAGUGUCCAUAACUAUUUUAGAGCAUCUUUCAUUUUAGUUGAAGAGUAUUUAAAGUAGUUUUCAGAAGACUUGAUUACUGAUUA